AUGAAGCUUACCAAUGGAAAUGGAACCAAAGACCCUGGGUCUGAUAAUAGCUCCGCUCGCUCUCCUGCACGGACUAUGUUGCCCGCUAUAGAAGGUGAUAUAUCACUUCCACAUCAAGGCCGGAUCCGACUACCGCCUCUACCAUCAAUGCCAACAUUUGUCCCUCCAUUACCACGAGAAUGGGAAGGUACAGAGCUCAUGAGAGAUUGGCUAAGGGCCAAGAUCGAGGAGGACAGACGCAGACAAGAAGAAGAGAGAACACGCCAGAUCAAUAUGGUAUCGGAACAACGACGUCUCGAGCAUGCAAUAAUAUCCGAUCUGUUGCGCGCUGGUGUUCCAUCACACUUGGUCCCAGAAAUGUUCAAGGACCUGCGUCUUACUCAAACCCAAUAUGAAUCGCAGGAUGUGCAGAGGCUAUGGUCUGGCCCGGAAAACAUGAUAUACCAACAAUCCUAUAUAGAACUUGCAUCGACACAGCAAUCACAAUCACAACAAACUAAACAAUCACAACAACUGUCUCAGCAGUCGUCGCACCGACCACAACAGCCUCCCCAACAUCCUUUCCAACAGUCUUCAAGGGUACCUCAUAGUAAGUCGAAACUGCGAUCUGAGAAGACGAAGAUAUGUCUGCCAGGAAUGGAUCAGUCUUCGUCGCCGCCGAAAGCUAACUCCCCGCCGCAUGAAUCGGAAACAUCCUCUGACAUUUUGGAGGCAGCCUUCCAUAACACCCUCCCUCUUGUCGCUUCUUUGGAACAGGCAGCCCAGUCUCACGACCGGUCACAAGGGACUGACCGCUUGAAUGGGACUGGAAGUGGAAGAAAACAAGCUGUAUAUCACUACUACACUCCCGACGGACAGUGGUCAUCAGAACCUCAGCAUUCGAUUCGACAUCUACGGCGCUCACAAGUCCCGGCCGGCAGUACCGCUCUCUCCACCGUUGAACCUCAUCUUCGCCAGAAGCAAAAAAAUUCCGGCACUAAGCGGAAAGACCCAAGAUCUCAUGGGGGAAUUCAUUCACCACAUCAUCCGAGUGCACAAGGUCCAGCUGAUAAACCUCGCGAUUCAUCAAAGUUUACUCAUAAGCGGCGAAAAAGUGAUUUCAACACUACUUACGAGUUUCAUGCUUACAACCCCGAUUCUUCUAGACAACUGUCAGAAUUGACUCCAGUACCGGAUAGUCUACCAGGCACUCUACAUGACCAACGUGAGCCAGAAGAUAGUGCAGGUGAAUCGGAAUUAUGA